AUGGCCAGGGCGAGCCCGGCGGCGGCCAGCAGCCGCCUCCUCCGCUGCCAGAGCCGGGCGGCGGCGGCGAGCAGGUCCUCCUUGCCGUGCGAGGCAAUGGUGGCGCGGGGGGCCGGCCGCUCCCUGCGGGGGACGGCAAGAAGAGGCGGUGAGACCCCGCCGCCGGCGCCUCCCCGCCCGGCCCCCGCCUCAGCCCGCCCGCCGGCCGGCCGGCAGCCCCGCCAUGCCGAGAGCCGCCCCGCUCCGCUCCGAGGGGACGCGGCGCCCCGUCCGCCCGCCGGGGCUGGGCGGGCGCGGGGGGCGUCGCCGCGGCGAGCGGGCGCCCGGCUCUACCCUCGGUGCCGCGGGGGGGACGGGCUCGCCCGCCCCCGUCGCCGCCCCGACGUGGGGGGCGCGGGCAGGGCGGACCCACCUGCGGGGGGCCGGGGCGGAGCCGCCUGGGGGGCUCCGGGGCGCCGCCGUCGUUGCGGUCCGCGGGGCGCCCGUCUGCCGCCGCCGGCCGCGCCGAGCGCCGGUGGCGGCGCGGCCCCCGGGCGGGGCGGGCGGAGGGGAGGGGAGAGGCGGCGGGGCGUCCCGCGCGUCCCCGGGCGCUCCGGCUGCGGGGCAGACCGCGCCCGCCCCGCCGUCACCGGCGGAGUCACUGCGGUGCCGCCCAACCUGCGCCCCGCUGAAGGCGGGACGGCCGGGACGCACGGCGCUGUCCCGUUCACCUGCCGCCUGAAGCGCUGCCUCCCUGCCUCUCUCCAUCCCUUCGUCCCUCCGUCCCUCUGCCCGAUGCCCGGACGGCGGCCGGAGCCCCGGUCCCGCCGGGGUGAGCUCCCUGCCGCCGCCGACAUGCGCAGCUUUCCGCGGGAGGGGGCCGGGAAAGCCCCGGCCAGGCAGCAGGUCACCUCAGAGCGGUCCCCGCGGCUUCCUCAGGCUCCCCGCCUCCUGCCUCGGCGGCCCAGAGACGAGCGGGACAACAUCGCGGCUGCAUCUUGCUCCUCAACACAUCCAAGUGUUACCCCUGUCCCGGUUUUCCAGAGGCAGGCAGGGCUUGCCAAGUGA